AUGCCGCCUCCCAUGAUCGAACAACUCUUUCUCAAAAAGUACGUUGCCUUUGCACCGUCCAAAGAGCGGUGGAUGAGCGAGAAAACGUUUGGAUGUGCGGGCACGGCGUACAUUAUUGGGCGCGUUUGUCGGCGCGUCAAGAAACCCCAGAACGCACGCAUUUUACAAGUGCUGUGGAUCGACAGUCAGUUUCAAAUGCCGUGGCAAAUCUUAGUGUGGCGGUUGUUCAACGGGGCAUUGCAAACUACGACGCUCUCGAGCGCUCACCCACUAAACCGGCGUGGAGCGAUUUGA